AUGGGCCGCAACUCCACCGACGCAGUCAAGGCCAAGAACAGCGUGUGCUUAAUACCAUGGGACACGGAGAACCACGCCCAGAGCCAGAGACUAUUCGACCAGCGAGUUGCGUGUACGUGGGAUUACGAAGUCGUUGAGGAGUGGAAGGGGACUGUGAGGAAGGGGACUAAGUUGAUGUAUUGGAUUGUGCUUGGUGAGGAGACGGAGGGGAGGGAUACGAUGAUGGAGGCUCAUUUGCGGCAGUUUCCAAAGGAAAAAGAGCCGUUAAUUGACACUGCAACCAUGAUGGGCAACGCACCCGUAACGCCUACAAAGAGGGCAUUCGUCCCCAUCGGCCAUAUCGGCAUGGAAGUGUUCCCCAAGUUGAACGAGGAGUUUUCCCUGCCGCCUUUAACAUACUGGGUUAAAAGCCUCUACAUCUCAGGGGCCCUUCAAUCCGGUGGUCUCGGCCGCAAGGCAAUGCACCAAAUCGAACGGACCGCCUCUUCCACCCCGUUCAACUGCUCCGUCAUCGCCCUCGACACCGUCUCCGGCGCAUUUCAGAGAUCCGAAGAAUCCCUCAAGGGCUUCUACGAUGACAGGGGCCUGCCUCGUCCGGAGGAAGUUCGCACCAAUGAAGACUGGUAUCUACGCCAGGGCUACGAAACCAUGGGCAUGAAAGAAGCGGCGUACAUGUGGACACAUCCGGAGACGGGUGACGUCGUUCCCAUUCCGUGCGUGUACCUGAAGAAAGAUCUCUAA